GUAUUUAUUGCCCGUUAAAAAGAAAUCCUUUCCCCUCACAGAUAAUGGCAAAGAAUCAAGUCGAUCCUCCUGCCCACCGACCUUGAUCUUACACACGGAGAGGAAGAGCACCCCUGUGCACAGCGCUGGCGAGAAGGAGCACUCUUUUAAACUAGUAAAUGAGGAUGACAGCACAUCCAACGGCAACAAGCCCGUGGCAUCCACUCCAGUGCCGGGAUCACCAUGGUGUGUAGUCUGGACUGGAGAUGACCGGGUCUUCUUCUUCAACCCUACAAUGCAGCUGUCAGUCUGGGAGAAGCCGGUGGACCUGAAGCACCGCGGCGACAUAAACCGGAUCAUCGAGGAUCCUCCUCACAAGCGCAAGCUGGAAGCUGCAGCAACAGACAAAUGUGUUAGUUCUUGCCCAGGGGAUGAAACUGAUGAUCUUAGCAUCAAAACUAAGAGAAAUAAAACAGAAAAUUCCCAAGCUGCUGACCAGGGAAAGGCUGAAACGGAGGAGAAAAAUGAGGAGACAUCAGCACCUCAGGUCACACCUCCCCUAGAAGAGCGCAUCACUCAUUUCCGAGACAUGCUUCUGGAGAGAGGGGUUUCAGCUUUUUCUACGUGGGAAAAAGAGUUGCACAAAAUCGUGUUUGAUCCGCGCUACCUUCUGCUAAAUUCAGAGGAACGUAAGCAGAUAUUUGAACAGUUUGUCAAGACCAGGAUCAGAGAAGAGUACAAAGAGAAGAAAAACAAGUUAUUGUUAGCCAAAGAAGAGUUUAAAAAGCUCCUUGAAGAAUCCAAGGUAUCACCAAGAACAACCUUCAAAGAAUUUGCAGAGAAAUAUGGAAGAGACCAGCGGUUCCGGCUCGUGCAGAAGAAGAAGGACCAGGAGCACUUUUUCAAUCAGUUCAUCCUUAUUCUUAAAAAGAGGGACAAAGAAAACAGGAUAAGGCUACGGAAAAUGAGAUAA